UUGGCGUGGAUAUUCACCCCUACAUGCUUUCUGCUUAAAAAACACAAACAAAAUUGGACACAAAUAGAAGUCUAGGAAUAUGUUUCUUUACUUUAGUAGAAUCGCUGUAAUGUAUCACCUCUUUAAUGUAGGUUGUGCCAUAUUCAGUUGAGUAGUUGUACCCGCGGACUGCUUGUGAAUUUAAUUACGAGCAAACCCCGGAAGUGUCUCUGUUUACCUUCGUAGUUGCCAUUCAUCGGAUGGGGAUGGCAGACGACGCUCUCUUUGAGUUUCUCCAUAUGGAGAUUGUGGCACACGUAUACAGGGAUCUGCAAUCCAUUAAAGGAGAGACUGACAACAAGGACAGAGCCUCCCGUGUUUCUAUUUUGGAGGGGAUGGGCUACAGAGUGGGACAAGGACUCAUUGAGAGAUUGACGAGGGAUUCCCCCUGCUUCAAAGAUGAGUUGGAUGUAAUGAAAUUCGUUUGUAAAGACUUUUGGACAAAGGUUUUCAGGAGGCAGGUGGACAAUCUCAGAACAAACCAUCAGGGCACCUAUGUAUUGCAGGAUAACAAAUUUAAUAUGCUGACUCAGCUCUCUAAUGGUAAACAGUACCUGGAUCAAGCACCUAAGUAUCUCGCCUUUUCAUGUGGUGUGGUGAGAGGAGCUCUGUCAAAUUUAGGUCUUGAAAGUGUCGUUACAGCUGAGGUCUCUGUCAUGCCAUCAUGUAAGUUUCAAGUGGUCAUCCAAAAAUUAUGACAAAGUCCUACCUUACUACUGAGUUCAAGCAUCCUUGACCUUCACGUCAAGGUCUGAUGUUACCAAAAAGUAAAGUGGCUGCCAUUGUCUUAUCCGAUUCAUAUACACCAGAAAGAAUCAAAUAGUUCCCAAGGUGCCCACAGCAUGUUCUGAUGCCCAUAGUUGUAGGACUAAAUGGGGUUUCUACAUUUUAACUUGUACAAUUCAGAUACAGGUGUAGAGUUUCUACUUGAUGACUUUCUCAUCUGUCUACAAACAUUUUUUUCUUCUAUACACAGAUUCUUUUGUUCAGACAAUGAAAAUGUGAGUUGUUACCUGCUGACAGUUUCUUCAGCUUCCUCAGAGCCGGAAGACUGGAGUAGCAGUCGAAACUGUCAGCAGGUAACAACUAAAAUUUUCAUUGUCUGAAUAAAAGUAUAGCAUUACGAAGACAUGAUGAAUCUCGUCAAAAUAAUUCUUCUUCUACUGUAUGAAAAUAGGUGGAACUAAGCUGACUGACGGGGUUCAGUCUGGUUGAUAUGCUUGUGCCACAUAAUCAUGUUUACAAGUAAAUUUUAAAAAUGCUUUCAGUAAAUUCCAUCCAUUUCUGUACCUACUAAAACUGUGUUCGGAAACUGUGGUUUGGGGUUGAAUGUUAUGCUUGAUUCAUAUUUGACUUAUGAGACAGCCAGUUGGUUCAAAUUCGGGUUUAAAAGCAAAAUGGUAAAAUCCCAGCAGCUCGCUGAAAUUGAAGAAGUCCUUAUUAACCCCUACUUAAUGAUGCUGGAUGGUCUUUUCAUCACAGACUGUCUAAUAAUGUGGCUUAGCAUUGGAGAUAUGUGUCAAAUGAAAGAAAAGUCACAUAACUAUGUGCUCCUCUGAGGGCAGCAAAUGGUCUGUAUAAAAAGCUACAAGUAGUCGGUGCAAUUUGUAUCAUUUGAGUGCAUCGUUUUGUCUGUUUUUGUCGGAACAAAAAAACAAAACAUAAAACGUUUUAGUACCGUAAUGCAAUGAAUCUCAUUGUGGAUAUUGUCAUUGCCACCACUAGAGGGAAGUACAGUGCUGUUAUUCUGAUGUAAGCCUUGCACUGCAAUGUACAACUAGAUGCUGUUCAGAUCUAUCUCUCCCUCACAAACCUCAACCUUAAUUUCUGUACAUUCAUUCAGUCUGUUUUCAAACAUUUGAACAAUGACAAACUAGUAAUUUGUUCUCGUAGUUGUAUUGUUAUUCAUCUUGUAACCAGGAAAAGUCUGUAAUGUGUUCUUGGCCUCCCUUUUAAGAGCUAUAAAAAUACAAGUCAUUUCAUAUAACUUGUGUGUUGAGAACAACUUCUUGAUUACAUGAUCCAUUUACAAGUCCAAAGAUCACAAUUUUCUGAGUUUAAUUCAAGCUCAUUCCUUUAUGUUCCAAUGUUAGUACGUUGUUUUUGAUUCAUAAAUGUGUUAUUAUUACUACAACUAAUUAUGUGAUUCCUGAAUAUUCAAAGUCAAUCCAGUCUUCUGUGAGCCAACAGAAUAAUUAUACUCAUCAUUUUAUUCCAAAUGUUAAACUGCCUAAUACAAUUUACUGGUAAUAUUAAAUGUUGCCAGGGAUAACGGUUGAAUUGUUGGGAUUCUCACUUAAGUUUUUAAUUGCCCGUUUACAUUCUGCUUGUAAUUGUGCAAAAACAGGGUUAAAGCCCAGGAAACAAGAGUAUUCUCUGAUCUAAGUUAAGUUAAAGUCAUCCCGUGUCAUACGACUGGAACAACAGCAAUUCACACUUUCAAAAUAAACUACGUUGAUUGAAACAAAUCAGAAAUAACUGUAACCCACUGAAAACGUGAGAAGACAAAUCCCCUCAGAAAAUAAAACAUGUCUGCAGGCAGGAUUAGAGAGAGAGCCAACGAGACGGAGGCAGGGGCAGGAGUUGUAGAAAUUAGGUAGAGAGAAGGAGACUUGAGUUGGAGAGAUUUAGAAACCACUACAGGAAAUGAAAUGUAAAAAAGGGGAGUUCACAAGAGAUGGUAGGAGUUGGGGGUAGGGAGGAAGCUAGGCUUGAAAAAAAACAAGGAUGGUGAGAAAUAAGAGAGGGUAAUCUGAAAAUAGUAAGUCAACUGAAUCUGCCCCUUAAUAUUUACCUUCAUUGCCUCAUGGUCAGAAUCUCCUGAAGUUGAAACACCCUUUCCAUUUUCCCGCCACACUUUAUAUGGAAACUGGGGACAAAAUGUAAUUGAUGUCCUGUAGGAAGAAGAA